GCGCCCCCAGAGCUAACAAAGAUUUUCCAACCCCUUUGACAUCAGCUCAUAUAUGAAGGCGAAGGGGGGAAAACAGACAAUGUGUUUGAUUAGUGUUCACGUGAAGUAGCCUACUGUAGUAGUUUGACUUUUUUGAAGAGUUCUUCACAAACUUUGUUGCAUCAUUAGCUAGGGAAAGCAGAAAUAUACUUUCCCACUGGUUCUGUCACAUACAAGCUCCUUUUGAUAACCAAACCAGACCUGAAACAAUGAAUACAUCUGUUGAAGAUGGAACUGACAACUGUAGUACCCCCAGAGACUACCAGUUCUACUUCUUCCCAGCCAUCUACAGUCUGGUGAUGGCACUGGGCCUGCCAGGCAACGUGGGAGCCCUCUAUGUGUUCAUCUUCAAGAUAACUCCCCGCACCUCCUCUAACGUGUUUGUCAUUAACCUGGCCCUCGCUGACACCACCUUCCUUUGCACCCUGCCCUUCAAGAUCCACUACCACCGCAACAGCAAUGACUGGGUAUUCGGAGAUGUGGCCUGCAGCAUCACAGGAACACUGUUCUUCGCCAACAUCUACAUCAGCAUCGCCUUCAUGACCUGUAUCUGUGUGGAUCGAUAUGUGGCCGUCGCCUAUCCUCACACUUAUCUGAGGCUCCGGAACUCACGUUGCACUGUACUGGUGAGUGCAGCAGUGUGGGUGGUGGCGGGGGCAGCUGUUCUGGCCUUCAUCCUAGUGGGACCUCUGGACAGCCAGCACCGUAGCUGCUUUGAAAACUUCUCCCAGAAAGAGUGGGACAGGCGUCUGGUGCCAUACAGCAUAUUCAGUCUCGUCGUCGGCUCGCUACUGCCCUCUGUGGUCAUCCUGGUGUGUUACCCUCUGGUGGCGCGGCGCAUCGCUCUCAUCCGGACCAACACAGCCCGCGGAGCCCUGAGGGUCAUCUACACAAUCCUAGUUAUCACCCUACUCUGCUUCUUGCCCUACCACGUGGUUCACUUCCUGCAUCUGCUCCGCCGACUAGGGGUCAUCCAGCACUGUCCCUAUGCAAACGCCAUCUACAAUGCCCGGCGAGUGACAAUGGCCCUCGUCAGCCUCAACAGCUGUCUGGACCCCCUGCUCUACUACUUCACCACCAGUCACUGUAAGUGGAGUCCCUCCAAGGCCAGGUUCAGAUGGCUGUGGGAUAGGAGGACCAUGGGAGUCUACACCAUCGCUGUGAGACCGUGAUGCAUUUUGCUUGCUCUGACUACUAAUGAAAUGACAUUAAUUUUAUGUUCCACUCAAACUCUGAAGGCUCGUGGUGAAGCAUUGUUUUCCUUACAGUGUACUGUCAACCACCAAUUAUUUUGUAUACCUUUACAUGUAUGCCAUGUAAAUAUAGCAUUUACAUCUUCCCUUAUGUUCAUCGCUUUAAAAGACCCAGUGCACUUAAAAACUGUGAUUUUCCUUCAUGUACAGUACCAGUCAAAAGCUUGGACACACUCAUUCAAGGGUUUUUCUUUAUUUUUUAUAUUUUCUACAUCGUAGAACAAUAGU